UUCCUGUAAACAGUGCAGAGAUGUUUAAAAUCAUAUCUUCCUGCUCAAACACAGCUGACGUGAGAACAUCUGAGGAGAAAGUGUGUGGGAUUGGCAUCAGUUAGAGAGAAUUAAUAAUUUUCUGAUUACAAAAGACGGACUCCUGCAUCAGGCAUUUGAUCUUUAACGUUUCAUCAUGAGUUCUUCUCUGGUUUUACACCAUCUUCUGGUGUUCGCAUCAGUCCUGGCUCAGCUCAUGGCGCAAACAAAAACAGGAUCCACUUCGAUGGAAAAUACAUCACAAGUCACCGAAGUUCAAUCAGACACCACCAGAUUAGACACUAUACUGAUGACCACGUCAGUUUAUACAACAACAGCAACUGCAUGGGCAGCCCCAGCAAUAUUCUAUCCAUUCGGCUCAUCAGCGGGAGACAUUGAACAUCUUGAAUUUGACAAUGACUCCUUUCAAUAUGUGGAUUUCUCUGCUCCAUUUACAUACUUUGGCCGCAAGUACAGCAGCAUAUAUGUUAAUUAUAAUGGACUCCUUACUUUCAACCAGUCUUUAACAGAAUCUCACCCUGAACCCUUUCCCACAUAUGGAAAUGAAGAUUACAUUGCUGCGCUCUGGACUGACCUUGAUGACAUUGGUAUUGGCAAAUAUUGGUAUCAGGAGUACACAAAUGGAAGUGUGCUCGACCGGGCCACUCAGGAUAUAAACCAGUAUUUCCCUAACAAGGGCUUUACGGCUAUUUGGGUCUUUGUUGUCACAUGGGACUGUGUGCUUACAUGGGAUAUGAAUGCAUAUGAUCGUCAUUCAGACCCAGCAAUCACUUUUCAAGUAGUUUUGAUUUCAGGAGGUGGUUUUUCUUUCAUUCUGAUGAAUUACGGUGACUGCGCAGCGAUAUCUUAUCCAGUGGAGGCUGGAUAUGAUACCAUAAACUCCACCGACUACUAUGUCAUUCAUUAUCAUUCUAAUGGCUCCUCCAUUCCAAACCUCAAAAACACGACUAAUGUAAAUGUUCCUGGUCGUUGGGCUUUUCUUGUGAACAAUGGGACAGAAAACGUCAUAGGACUUCAAAUGAAACUUGGGUCAUAUUUAGACCUAACCCAGACUCAAAACAUUGAGAGUGUUUUACAGCUAAUUAAUCAAGAGCUGGUCUGUCAUGGAGCGCCAAGUUACUUUAAGCUGAAGUUAAGAAAGGUCACAAAGCUAAAGCCGUGACACGUUAAAACGCUGAAUGUAGUUGCCUUUAAUAGUGUGGAGAUUGAUAAAAGAGAAGAAUGUCACAACACAAGAAUGGAAAUCGUGUGAUUUUCCUUGCUUCUUUUUGUUAAAAUCAUUAAAACCUGAUUCUGAUUAAAUAAAAUGAUAAAUGAGAACAAAUCACGUUAAUAGAACAUGUUUGACAUGUUUCUGUGUUCAUUUAACUUGUGUAAAGUAGACAAAGUUUUUUGUUUGUUCAUCAAUGAAACUCAGAGUUUCAGGGGGGAAAAGCUAAUCAAACUCAUGAUCUGUAGUAUGUGAAUGAUGAAGUUAAACCUGUUCUUUUUACAGCUCCAUUUACCAGAAGCAUUUCUGCGUCAUGACAAAUAUUCCUUCACAUCGUUUCCUUAUUUACUGUGUAAACUGUUUCCUCAGCAUUUAUAGCAGGUUAUUUUUAAUGGGUUUUUAUUUAGUGAGUUUGAUGUCAAAAUAGUGUGGAUUUUGAUUGAUGUCAACCACGUACAAUACUAAAAUGGUUUGAUGUCAAAAUACUGUGGAUUUUGAUUGUUGAUUGUUUCCAAAACUUUGAUAUCAGCCAUAAACAAUACUGAAAAAUG